AUGACGAAAAAGACUGCUGAUACAAAGAAAAGAAAUUUCUGUAAACAUUGCAACAAAAUUGUGAUUGGUAGUUCUUAUAAGUUUAAGUCUCAUUUAUUCAAACAUAACGCUGUUAAAGCCAGAUUCAAAUGUGAAUUUUGUUCUAAGGAAUAUUUUAGGUAUGAUUUAUAUUUGAGGCAUGUGAAAAGUCACUCUGGACAGCAAAAUAAAAAACAGUUCGUGUGUGACUACUGUGAACGUGGAUUCCUUAAUAAAUAUAAUUUGAUCGCUCACUUGAAAAAUGUCCACGAUGAUUCCAUAAAUUCUAAAGUCAAAUUUCCGUGCCAGCCCUGUGGAAUUUCUUUUUGCGAGAAACGAAUUCUCCUUGAGCAUAUACGAAAACUUCAUUUUAACACAGAACUCGACAGCGAGCCGUCACAUUUUAGUAAAUUAGUAAAUGAAAAGUGGGUUGAAAAAGCUGUGCAUGCAGAUGCUUGUGUGGAAAUGACAAAAUUAAAUAAUAAUGUUAUAACAAUUAAAAAAUGUAAUAAAGUUGAAAAUAUUACUGAAAUUAAAGCAGAGAUAAAAACGGUAAAAUAUGUGUAUGGAAACCAAUUUACCAACCAGUAUUCUAAAGCUAUAUGCGAUUACUGUAAGAAGGAAAUGAUGAAGAAGAGUCUAAAGUGUCAUAUAAGGGAGCGACAUCUCAAUGUUAGAAAGUAUGCAUGUUCUAACUGUACUAAGACUUUUAAAAGGCAUUACCAGAUUUUUCAUCACAAAUGUGGUUCUAAAAAAAAGCAACAAGUUAAAAAAGAUUGCUUG